GUAAUGACUUUCCUAACAAGCAAGAUUGGGUCGUCUGGUGAACAUACCGUGUAAGCUAGGUAUUGACAAAUUAAGUGAGUAAAGUGACAUUUUUCUUUUGUGUAUGCUUGUCAGCAACCUACUCUCCCUUUUAUUGAAUCCACUCUUCCCUUGUAGCUCAAAAUGGGUGAAGUAAUGCUUGUCAGCAACCUUUUCUCCAUUUUUUAAAGCCACUCUUCAGUUUGUAGCUCAAAAUGGGUGAAAUAGUUCCUCCGGUUGCUGUCUAUAAAUACCCAUCAAACCACUACUCAACCUACUGCUUGCAUCUCACUUCAAUUCCCACACUUUAUAUAUUCUCAUUCAAGGAAAAAAACACACACACACACACACACACAUAUAUAUAGAUGGAGAGAGAGUGCAUAGAAGAAGGUUUAUUGUCUAACUCUCUCCUCCUUCAAUCCAACUCGGAUAUCAACCACCACAACAAUAAAUCCACCAUCACUGCCGUUGUCAUCUUCAGCACCUUCAUCGCCGUCUGCGGAUCGUUCUGUUAUGGCAGCGCUCUGGGUUAUUCAUCACCUGCCGAAUCUGGAAUCAUUGAAGACUUGGGCCUCUCUGUACAAGCUUACUCUGUUUUUGGUUCAAUCAUGACGAUUGGAGGAGCUAUUGGAGCCAUUUUAAGUGGAAAAGUUGCAGAUCUUAUUGGUCGAAAACGCACAAUGUGGUUAUCCGACGUAUUCUGCACUGUGGGAUGGCUGACAAUAGCAUUCGCCAAGGGAGCUUGGUGGCUUGAUAUUGGAAGAUUGUCAUUGGGGUUCGGCAUUGGCCUUAUCACAUAUGUGGUACCAGUAUAUGUAGCAGAAAUAACACCAACUAAUCUCCGGGGAACAUUUACAUCAGCCAAUCAGUUGAUGAUAAGUGCUGGGUUUUCACUAGUUUUUUUCAUCGGAAACAACAUUUCCUGGCGUUCCUUGGCUCUAAUUGGUGCUAUUCCAUGCCUCGUUCAACUUGUAGGUUUAUUUUUCAUUCCAGAGUCUCCUAGGUGGCUGGCAAAAUUGGGUAGAGAAAAAGAGUUUCAAGCGGCUUUGCAGAGUCUAAGGGGAGGCAAUGUUGAUGUUUCUGAAGAAGCAGCUGAUAUCCGGGAUAUGAUUAAUAUCUUUGAAGAACAAUCAGAAGCUAGUUUUAUAGACUUGUUCCAGAAGAGAUAUGCUUAUUCAAUCAUUGUUGGAGUAGGACUGAUGCUGCUACAACAAUUUGGAGGAGCAAGUGCAUUCGCAUAUUAUAUCGACACCAUAUUCGAGGAUACAGGUAUUUCAAGUAGUCUUGGAAGCAACUCAGUAGCUAUCCUGCAGAUUCCAACUGCUAUUGUAGGGUUAUUCUUGCUGGACAUAGCUGGAAGACGACAACUCCUGAUGGUUUCUGCUGCUGGAAUGAGCUUGUGCGGGAUUCUACUUGGAUUGUCAUUCUGCUUUCAGGGAAUCAACCAUUUGAAGGACUUGACUCCCACUUUGACACUUAUUGGGAUAUUGGGGUACUUGGCAGCUUUUGCAAUAGGCAUGGCUGGAAUACCAUGGAUCAUAAUGUCAGAGAUAUUCCCGAUUAACAUAAAAGCGUCAGCGGGAAGCCUAGUGACUUUAACCAACUGGUCUUGCUCUUGGGUUAUAACUUACACUUUCAAUUUCAUGAUGGAAUGGAACUCUGCAGGGACAUUUUUCAUUUUCUCGGGCGUUUGCGCUUUAACUGUUGUAUUCAUAUGGAAGUUAGUACCAGAGACCAAGGGAAGAACACUGGAGGAGAUACAAGCAUCCCUAGCUCAUUUUCUAAAAUAGGAAACAGAUAUUAAGUCAGUCGUAAACCUAGCCGGUGUCAUCCCAGCUUUUUGCUGCCUGCGUGAGAGCUCGGGUUAGCGUCUUAUGGUGGUGAAUGUAGUCAGUCAGUCGUUUAUUUUGUCAUGAGAAGAUUUUCGUAUGGAAGACUCUGUACUUUGGUAUCACAAAACACAUA